AUGUCCGGUUGCAGGAAUCCUGUGAGUUACGAAGAAGCCGUUCGCUAUUUGACAGACCCUGAAGAUGGGAGGUACGCAGAAGGAGUGACAGAAAGCAGGAAGAGGGUCAUUAGAAGGUUUACACAAUCUCGGAUAUCUAGGCAGCACGGUAUCCUGUGGUACAACGAAGAGAAAGAAGACAGUAAACGACAAUGGAUUGCAAACUUUGAAAGACAACAACAGAUCCUGCAGUCAAUCCAUGAUGACACUCUAGGCGGCUGUCACCUUGGAAGAGACAAGACUCAUAUCAAAAAGGUAUUUUUGGCAUGGUUUGGGAGAGGACGUGGAUUCCUCAAAACAUGUGCAACGUGUCAAAAGGCAAAUAUGAAUUUUAAGAAGACGUUGUCAGAACUCAAACCAAUCAAAGUGCAGAGACCAUGGCAUAGAAUUGGGAUUGACCUUGUUGGUCCACUGCCUGUUACUACUUUUGGUCACAAGUAUAUUCUGACUUGCAUUGACUACUACACCAAAUGGGCAGAGGCUGGUGCUCUGUGUACUAAAUCUGCAUCUGGAGUAGCUCAAUUUCUUACUACAUUGUUCUGUCGGCACGGACUGCCUGUUCACAUAAUGUCUGACCAAGGAAGAGAGCUUGUAAACAGUCUGAAUGGAGAGUUGUUCAAGCUGACUCGAGUAAAUCACAUUAUAUCUACAGCCUAUCAUCCACAAACAAAUGGCCUUGUUGAAAAGUUAAAUGAAACCCUUCAGAGGUCACUUCUGAAAAUUGUUAGAGAGAAUCAAGGCGACUGGUGCAAGUAUUUGGAACAAGUUGUUUUUGCCUACAGUACGAGUAAACAAGCCUCAACUAAGUACUCCCCAUUCUUUUUGCUCUAUGGGCGAGAGCCAAGACUGCCAGUUGAUGUACUUACAGAGACAGAAGAAAAUUUGACUGAUGAUACCCAUACAACUUCUCUAUCCGCCGAGGAUCUUGAUGCAGCAAUUGAGGAAAUGGUCCAGCUGAGAAAGACAAUAGAUAUAGACGUCAAGAAAAACAUAUCAGUGGCACAACAACGUCAGAAAGCUCAGUAUGAUGCCAGACACAGAAAAGGUGAAUACAAAGUUGGAGACAUGGUACUUCUAAGAAAUAUGAAGAAACUCUCUCGCCAAGGAAGCAAAGCAGAAGAAGCAUGGUUGGGACCAUACGAAAUCACUGAGAAGGCUGGCAACCAUACCUAUUAUUUGAAACGGAGUGGUGAUGUUAAUGCCAACAAGACCCUCUACAGCUCUACAAGACUCAAACCAUAUAAUGUACGACAGCAAUCAGGUAGAAGGAGUGUUAAAACAGAAGACCGACACCAAGACUCGUCAGUUGACAGGCCUAUUCCAGUUUUGCUACAAACAUCGAAUGCAACAGAAUCCUUAGAUAAGGCUCCACCGCUACCUUGUGGAAAAGAUGAUCAUAAAGCAAAAGCACCAAAGAGCUACGUUAAAGUCACGUUAGGCUGCAAUCUUCAAUGGAGCCAUCCUUCUGAGGACCUGUUGGACAAAGAACGAUUGCAGUGUCGCUUGGCCUCCCUGGGAUUCAGAGUAUACGAUGUUCUUGGAGAUGGCAACUGUCAGUUCACGGCUGUUGCACACCAGAUCUAUAGCAAUGACAAAUACCACACUGCUGUCAGAAAACAAGCAGUUGACUUUAUAGCAAAGUGUCAUGGCAGAUAUGAACCGUUUAUGACAGUGCCUUACAGCAAUUAUGUGAAAGAGAUGGCUGCAACUGCUUGGGGAGACCACCUAACACUUGACUCCAUAGCAAAUGUCUAUAACACCAUUCAUACUGUGCAGCAGGUGCAUCUGUGUCAACUGAAUAUUGGUCAGUUGCAAUUUUCAAGAAACAAAUCCCUCUGCAAGAGAGUGGAGAAGGACCAGAGUGGCUUUUUUUUGAGUAGAGAAGAUGAAUUCCUGGUGAAUGAAGUAUGUACAAGUGAAAGCCCAGAUAUGGUAGUGGGAUAUUGUUGUGAUGGUCAAGAACUGACUGUACGUGACUUGAGCACUCUAAAAGACAGUAAUUGGCUCAAUAGUCAGGUUGUCAAUUCAUUCAUGCAAAACAUUGCAAUGGAAUUGAACAAUCAAGGGCAUAACGUAUUUGCAUACAAUUCCUUCCUGUACACGAAACUGGUUACGUAUGGACAAAAGCCACUGGAUCACACAUGGAAAUGGAAGAAGAAUGUCAACUUAUUUCAAUAUCACACAGUGGUAAUACCUAUCCAUCUUCCAGGCCAUUGGACUGUUAUGGUUUUGGACACAGUUCACAAGGAAAUGAGAUACCUAGAUUCUCUGAAUCCAAGUGAAAGGGAUAUAUGUGUUGCAGCUCAUAUUAAAAAGUUUAUCAAACAUGAAGGUCAGAGAUUUUGUGUGAAAGCGACAGAAAACUGGCCUUGUAUUGUUGGAAGUGACAUACUGAAUUUUCCUCGACAAACUAAUGGGUCAGACUGUGGAGUGUCUAUUUGCUUGCAUGCUCUAUAUGAAAUGCUAAAAUUACCGUACAACUACACCCAAUCACAGAUGGCAUCAGCCAGAGCAUGGAUUGCCUUGACAUUUUGCAAGAACAAGAAAAUGCCACAGAAACAUCUAGUCACUACAACUGAUGACAGUGAUUAUACCUGUGCUAAUGACAAUGAUGUAGAAAUAGUUGAGGAACGUACAAGUGCUCUCAAAGAUACUGAUACCUAUAGCCGAAGUCAUGAAAUACAUACUGCCAUACAAACUGACAGUAAGGAGGAAGAAGAGUCACAGUCAGAAAAGGAAUUAUAUACUAUUAAUUGCACUACAAAGGAAAUGGAGACAACACUGAAAAAAUUGGAGUCAACAGGUGUCAUCCAGACAUUGUUGGACGUGUGCCCCACCCAACAACCACCCAACAUUUCUCGAAGAGUGACCAUCGAGGAGAGCACAAGGCAGUGGUGGCACUUCAAUAGUGGAGCAAAGUUUUCAUGGCCUAUUAUUAAAAAAGUACUAAAUUAUUUUUUAAAACGGUACUUUUCAAACCCCAGUAGUGCAAGGUACAUGGACCCAAAAGACAUUGACAAUUUCAAUGAAUUUAUGGGGAACCAGGAGACUGGAUUUAUUGUGUCAAAUCAAGACAUGCUGUCUUCCAUGUCUUGGCCUACCAUCAUCUAGGCACUUGGGCGACAGAUGACAUUGCAGCCAAAUUGAAACUGAGUCAUCCCUAAAAUCAACCAUGACAGACAAUGCUUUGUGUGGUAGACUGACAACGGUGUGAGUCAAUGUAGCUAUGGUGGUGAAGUAGAUACUGUAAUGAAAAGAUGUGACAUGUGACACAUGCAACCACUCUACACAACAUGUACAUGU